AUGAAUUUGUCGAAGGAUUUUGGUGAAUGGUGGCAGAUCUCAUCCCCCAACCACCAGGAUUUUCCUGAACGCUUCGACAUUCGACCAGCCACAGUCCAACCACCUUUUAUUCUAACGUCUCGCCUAUCUCCCCUGACUGAGCCUACUGCAACGGUGUCUUCCCAACUCCCUCCUGGCUUUGAUGACCUUUACGAGUAUUACGACCCUGACACAGAACCCAGAAGCCAACCCCAACGAGAGGUUCAUACACCUGUCUCUCAGCGUCGACCGCCUUCCGCUUCUUCUGGUAGUCUCCGAUCUUUGCGGAGGACCCCAAGACUGCAGGAGAGAAACACCUCUCAGCGCAGUGUAAGAGUAUCAGGGAGAUUGUUGACCGAGGGAGGUGUCUUGGGACCAGCAGAUCGACGUGAGAAACCUACACGCCCAUCGUUCACCAAAGCCGAUCUUCCCUUCACCCAAGGCCAACCGAUCAUACCGCAGAUCUUCCGUCGCAUUGUCAGUCGGGAAUCGCUCUGGCCACCUCCUAACACCCGAAUCUCUCGCCAAUCUCACGAAGCUAUCCUGUUUGCUCUUGAGGCUAUACGGAUUGGGGACGGGAAAAACUAUAAAGAACUAUCUGCCGACCUCGAGGAGGAGAGUGCUCGCAUGUCAGACCUUUUCGCUGGAGAUCAGCCCGGUGGCCCCAGCGGAAAUGGCAGAGCUCAGAAUGGCGCAUCGCGGGCUGCGCGAGGAGCACCCGUACCCACAGGCGGCGUCAGAACACCGACCGAAGUGAUGCGAGCUAGGCGAGAGCGAGAUGCUAGAAGGAAGGCAGAAGAAGAGGCGGCCAGAUUGCGAAACCUUGAGCAAGAAGAAUUAAGGAGAGCGCAGGAAGCAGAAGCUGCAGCAGCCGUUCCAGGUGAAGCCCCUGUACGACGCCGAUCUACAAGGCGGUCGGGUGUAGAAGUACCAGAUGGCAGUCGAAGAUCAAGUGGAGGUCAAUUUUCGAGUCGCAGGCAAGAGAACAUACUGCCUGUCGCCAGCGUGACUUCAAGGCCACGCACAUCCACCCUCGAUCAAGGCCAACCAAGACCCGUGAGCCAGCAGCCGAGAGUGUCAUCCAGAUACGAAAGACAGCCAAGUGAUGAGCCUACCGCUGGUCCUUCGCGAACAAAUCGAGUCGAUCUUCCCUCCAUGACCGAUGAGAGCUCGGCCAAUCCAGCAAUCCCAUCACAACCUGCGACACAUGCACCAACCCAGCCUUCUACUGAUCCACAGACUGGCCGAACUACUUUCCCUAACGCAUUCGAAAGAUGGGAAACAUUGUCGUCACACUGGGAAGGAUUGACCUCGUACUGGAUCCGCCGCCUCCAAGAGAACAGCAACGAGCUGAACCGCGAGCCGCUGAAUCAGCAAAUGUCAAGACAGAUCGUCGAUCUCUCUGCGGCUGGCUCUAACCUGUUUCUUGCGGUUUUUGAGCUUCAACGCCUACGAGCUUCAUCGGACAGAAAGUUUCAGCGAUGGUUUUUCGAAACGAGGUCGGAAUUGGAACGAUAUCAAGCACAGCAAGCAGAGCUGGAACGUCUUCUACGCGUCGAGCGCGAAGAACGUGCGCGAGUAGUGUCAUCGACGGGGUCAGCAGAAGCGGAUAAGCUCAAAGCAGAGGAGCUGGUGAAAGAAAUGAGGCGAGAAUUACAGAUCAGCAAGGAGGAGGCACGUCGGGCGUGGGAGGAGCUGGGCAGGCGAGAACAGGAAGAACGUGACCGGACCGUGUCUCUUCGCAGCGGAGAGCCAACGCUGGUGGGCGGUGUGCAGGUCGUGCCCAUGACUCAGGGGGUGCCAAGCCGGCAGACCACCGCUGCCCCCGGACGGCCACAGACCCGAGACGGACCGUAUGCAGGAGGGCCAAGUGCAGCUAUGAUGGGUGGACAAGCCCCGACCUCAGUAAGCCGCACUACUCUGGAAUCACCUGACGAGGAGGAGAGACAGUUCUCAUAUCAACCGCCUCCGGCCGCAUCACCCACGGACACUGAUCCUUUCGCCGAAGAGGCAGCUCGUGCAGCCACACGACAGCCCACCACGCGCACACGCGAGUCGGUGCGCUCUCCAGAGUUGCAAUUCUACCAACGGCCGACUCAGCCAAUCACCUCUCCGGCCGCACUUGCUGCUCUGAGAGCCACGCAGCCGCAGACAUAUCCUACCAUCCCAAUAUCUGAAGCAAGAGGCGGGUACAGCUCAGCGCACCAAGCGACUACAGCAACAAGUAAUGGCGGAGGCAACAGCCGCUUCUACCCGCAAGCCGUGAACAGCGCUGCCCUGCAACCACCGUUUAGCGCAGCCGCUGCUGCUGCACCUUCCAUCACCGCACCACCCCGUCCAGGAACCCACAAUACCGACCUCUCCUCCCACGACGAACCCAGCUACAUAGCCUCCACCACCUCUGGCGCCGGCUCCAGUAUCGGCGACGAAGAAUACGAAAUCGACGCGGAUGGGAAUUACCGACUCGAUGCAGAGGGUCAACGGAUACCAUGGCGUGACCCCAGUGAUCCCACAAAUCGCCCGCGGUACGGUCCAGUUAGUGAAGAAGGAUCAGAAGAUGAAUACGACGUCCAGCGUGAAAUUGAGCGAGAGAGGGAAUAUGCGAGGAGAUAUGGCGCGGGAGCUUUGCGGCAGACGCAGGUACCGCAGCAGCAGCAGCAGCAGCAGCCACAAUACUCUACAUCCGCAACCCUCUCUGGCCCGGUAGCAGGCGCUACUCUGCCGCAACCCACCGCCACUCGCCCAACUGUCUCGAGCCCCUCCUACACCCAACCUCUUCAAACUCUUCGCGAAGCACCAGAACUCUCACCCACCUCCGCAGCAGCAGCGGCGGCAGCGGCAGCAGCAGCAGCAGCAGCAGACUACUCAGGCCAAGGCUACAGCCCCACCAGCAACGGUGGCGGUGGCGGUAGCGGCGGAUGGGAAUCCUCCUACACCCCGCGCCACCGCCACCCCACGCGUCUAUCCGAUAUCAUCGAACAGGAAGACGAGCGCAGUCGCCGUACGAGCCCGAAUCCGAGCCGUGCUAGCUACAUGGGAAGUGAGCCGGGGAGUGCCGGGUUUGGUGUCCAGCAGCAGGGCAGCGGAAGCGGGGGUGCGAGUGCGAGGGAGGCGAGGGAGAGGUUCGGUGGAGGGUUGUCUGGGAGGUGA